AUGACGCCGUCAACCAACAGCCAUCCCUCGACUCGUGCAUUGCAUGCCGAUGACCCUCUACACCUAGUGACGGAUGUCGCACCCCCGAUCCAUUUGUCAACAACAUUCAGAUUCCCCGGCAACCCCGAAGACUUGGUUCCAUCUGUCGAUCCUGUUGACGAGUUCGAUGGAAAGAACUACAUCUACUCUCGAGAAUUCGCCCCGAAUGCGACCCGAUUCGAAGCUAUUCUCUCCUCGCUGCUGGGUGGCCAAGCGGUAAGCUAUGCUACUGGCUUGGCUGCUCUACAUGCGGCCUUGACUCUUUUGAAUCCCCGCCGGAUAUCCGUAGGGCAGGGCUACCACGGCAGCCACGAAGUGAUUAGCGUCAUCUCCCGACUAUCGGGCCUUCAGAAGCUUGACCUCGACUGUUCGGCUGAUAGUCUGGGGAAAGGCGAUGUGAUUCUGCUCGAAACGCCCGUGAACCCGUACGGAACAGCACUCAGCAUCGAGGCAUACGCUCAGAAGGCCCACUCGCGAGGCGCAUACCUUAUCGUCGACAGCACAUUCGGGCCUCCCGGCUUGCAGGACCCGUUUCUAUGGGGCGCAGAUGUUGUGAUGCAUUCCGGUUCGAAAUAUUUCGGCGGCCACAGCGACAUGCUCUGCGGCGUUCUCGCGACCAAGCGCAAGGACUGGACCAAGCAGCUGCUCGAGGACCGACUCGCCAUCGGCAGCGUCAUCGGCAACCUGGAGGGUUGGCUAGGCGUCCGCAGCCUCCGGACUCUAGAAGUCCGGGUGCAACGCGCCAGCGAGACCACGGGGAACUUGGUCUCGUGGCUGCAGAGUGCGCUUACUACUUCGUCACCUGCACCGGGGAGCGACGAGGCGGUCAUUCAGACGGUUCUUCAAAAGAUCCACCACGCCAGUCUCCAGGACGAGCCCUGGCUGCGAAAGCAGAUGCCGAACGGCUUCGGGCCGGUAUUUUCCAUCAUCCUCCAGAAGGAGGAGUAUGCCCGCGUGCUGCCUAGCAAGCUGGCUUUCUUCCAGCACGCGACGAGUCUGGGUGGAGUCGAGUCUCUGAUCGAGUGGCGUGCGCUGUCCGACUCUCGGGUUGAUCGGAAGUUGUUGAGAUUGAGCGUUGGGUUGGAGCACUGGGAGGAUUUGAAGAAUGACUUGCUGCGGGCUUUCAGGGCGCUUGCGGAGCAGCAAUAA